AGGUAGCAGCAUCAAAUGUGGUAGCAGGUAAAGCAAGAGAGAUAGGUAUGGCGAGAGCAGAUUCUAGCAUCAACAGCAGAGAUAGGAGGUGGUCUCUUGAAGGAAUGACUGCCCUCGUCACCGGUGGAACCAAAGGGAUUGGGUAUGCAAUUGUGGAGGAACUGGCGGGGCUAGGUGCUAGUGUACAUACUUGUUCUCGGAAUGAAGCCCAACUCAAUGAAUGCUUGAGUCAAUGGAAGAAGAAAGGUUUUCGUCAGGUCACUGGCUCAGUAUGUGAUGUGGUUUCAAAAAUCCAGAGAGAGGAGCUAAUCCACGAGGUCUCAUCACUGUUUCAUGGAAAACUUAACAUCUUUAUAAACAAUGUGGGAACUUUUAAAGGAAAGCCAACAACUGAGUACACGGCUGAAGAUUACUCAUUCAUCAUGAGUACCAACCUUGAAUCUACUUACAAUAUGUGCCAACUUGCACAUCCUCUUCUGAAAGCUUCAGGAGCUGGUAACAUUAUUCUUCUGUCUUCUGUUUGUGGUGUGGUAUCAAUUGGGGAGGUUGGGAGUAUAUACGGUGCAACUAAAGGAGCAAUGAAUCAAUUGGCCAAAAACUUGGCUUGUGAGUGGGCAAAAGACAAGAUUAAAGUCAACAGUGUUGCUCCUUGGUUCAUCAAAACUCCUCUUGUUGAACCUAUUUUGAGUGACGAAAAGUUUAUGGAGGCUGUCAUCUCUCGAACCCCAUUAGGACGUACCGGAGAGCCUGAGGAGGUGUCUGCAUUGGUGGCAUUUCUAUGCCUUCCGGCAGCCUCUUACAUAACAGGGCAAACUAUUUGCGUCGAUGGAGGGAUGACUGUCAAUGGCUUCAUGUUCCAAGCAUAAUGAACUUUUUUUUCUUGUGGACAAUGGAUUAGAAGCAAAAUAAUUCAUCGGUCGCCAUAGCUGUACAAAAUGGGACAACGAUGCAUAAAUCUUCUGAUAAAUGCCCUCAAAGAAUAAUUGUACUUUUGCUUUCUUUGUGUUGGGUUGGUCCAGAGUCCAGACCUUUGUCUA